AUGGAGCGGCCACAAGUGGAGGAGGCAGCUGCCAGUGGUGGGAGAGGAGUGGAGGAGGCAGCUGCCAGUGGUGGGAGAGGAGUGGAGGAGGCAGCUGCCAGUGGUGGGAGAGGAGUGGAGGAGGCAGCUGCCAGUGGUGGGAGAGGAGUGGAGGAGGCAGCUGCCAGUGGUGGGAGAGGAGUGGAGGAGGCAGCUGCCAGUGGUGGGAGAGGAGUGGAGGAGGCAGCUGCCAGUGGUGGGAGAGGAGUGGAGGAGGCAGCUGCCAGUGGUGGGAGAGGAGUGGAGGAGGCAGCUGCCAGUGGUGGGAGAGGAGUGGAGGAGGCAGCUGCCAGUGGUGGGAGAGGAGUGGAGAAGGCAGCUGCCAGUGGUGGGAGAGGAGUGGAGAAGGCAGCUGCCAGUGGUGGGAGAGGAGUGGAGAAGGCAGCUGCCAGUGGUGGGAGAGGAGUGGAGAAGGCAGCUGCCAGUGGUGGGAGAGGAGUGGAGAAGGCAGCUGCCAGUGGUGGGAGAGGAGUGGAGAAGGCAGCUGCCAGUGGUGGGAGAGGAGUGGAGAAGGCAGCUGCCAGUGGUGGGAGAGGAGUGGAGAAGGCAGCUGCCAGUGGUGGGAGAGGAGUGGAGAAGGCAGCUGCCAGUGGUGGGAGAGGAGUGGAGAAGGCAGCUGCCAGUGGUGGGAGAGGAGUGGAGAAGGCAGCUGCCAGUGGUGGGAGAGGAGUGGAGAAGGCAGCUGCCAGUGGUGGGAGAGGAGUGGAGAAGGCAGCUGCCAGUGGUGGGAGAGGAGUGGAGAAGGCAGCUGCCAGUGGUGGGAGAGAGGAGUGGAGAAGGCAGCUGCCAGUGGUGGAAGAGGAGUGGAGAAGGCAGCUGCCAGUGGUGGAAGAGGAGUGGAGAAGGCAGCUGCCAGUGGUGGAAGAGGAGUGGAGAAGGCAGCUGCCAGUGGUGGAGAGAGGAGUGGAGAAGGCAGCUGCCAGUGGAGUUGAGUCUUAUAUGUCGAUACUUGCAGAUGAUGCAGCACUAAUGAAGACAGUUGUGACAGAUGAGGAUGAGUGUGACCACAGGCUGGAGGAGCGCCAGGAGUGUGACCACAGGCUGGAGGAGCACCAGGAGUGUGACCACAGGCUGGAGGAGCACCAGGAGUGUGACCACAGGCUGGAGGAGCACCAGGAGUGUGACCACAGGCUGGAGGAGCACCAGGAGUGUGACCACAGGCUGGAGGAGCGCCAGGAGUGUGACCACAGGCUGGAGGAGCACCAGGAGUGUGACCACAGGCUGGAGGAGCGCCAGGAGUGUGACCACAGGCUGGAGGAGCGCCAGGAGUGUGACCACAGGCUGGAGGAGCACCAGGAGUGUGACCACAGGCUGGAGGAGCACCAGGAGUGUGACCACAGGCUGGAGGAGCACCAGGAGUGUGACCACAGGCUGGAGGAGCGCCACGGCCCCCUGGCGGCAGAGACUACUACCAGACUAAGGCUUAGACUCUACAAGAGACUCUACAAGACUCUACAAGAGACUCUACAAGAGACUCUACAAGAGACUCUACAAGAGACUCUACAAGAGACUCUACAAGAGCUCUACAAGAGACUCUACAAGAGACUCUACAAGAGCUCUACAAGAGCUCUACAAGAGACUCUACAAGAGGCUCUACAAGAGGCUCUACAAGAGACUCGACAAGAGACUCUACAAGAGACUCUACAAGAGACUCUACAAGAGACUCUACAAUGGUCAGCAUCCAGUGGUCACCAUCCAGUGGUCACUAUCCAGUGGUCACUAUCCAGUGGUCACUAUCCAGUGGUCACUAUCCAGUGGUCACUAUCCAGUGAUCAGCAUCCAGUGGUCACCAUCCAGUGGUCACUAUCCAGUGGUCACUAUCCAGUGGUCACCAUCCAGUGGUCACCAUCCAGUGGUCACUAUCCAGUGGUCACUAUCCAGUGGUCACUAUCCAGUGGUCACCAUCCAGUGGUCACUAUCCAGUGGUCACUAUCCAGUGGUCACUGGGACACUGUUGCUUCCUUCAUGGUGGAGUGUAUCUGUUGUGUGUGUGUUGCCCAAGCGGCUCCGUCUGAAGGAGGCUGCAGCAGGACUCGUGGUGCUGUCAUUUACCUGUUGGAGGAAAAACGCCACAUUACCACUUGGUAA